UGUUUUGAAUUCCGAUGCACAGUUUUGCGAUUUAUAUUUAUCACAUAUAUGAUGACCUUGCACAAAUUUUAAGUCUGAUAACCUUCAAGGUGAAGUUGUCAACAGUAAAAGAGGCGUAAGAUAAACAAGAAACAUCUACGUGCUAAAAAGAAAACCAGAAAAUAUACUUAUUGACCAUCUUCAAAAGAGACUUGAAAGACGAACAAGACACUUUAUACUAGCUGAAAACAAGUCGUUCCUUGCAAAGUUUGACUUGCCACAUACCAACUGAAAGGAGCGUAUGAUGAUUAUCUCUAACGAAUGUUAAAUUUGAAAACCUGUUAAAGCCGUUAAAAUCAUCUAAAGUUAAAGAAAAAUCGGGACAUAAUAUAAUUGUUGGUGAUCAUUAAAAGGCGAACAAGCUUACUGCGUUUGCUGAAAUGAAGUAACUGCUGUUCAUUAAAAAGAAAAAUCGGGACAUAAUAUAAUUGUUGGUAAUCAUAAAAAGGCGAACAAGUUUACUGCGUUUGCUGAAAAGAAGUAACUUCAGUUCAUUAAAAAGGUGAGAGCUUUUAAUGUGAUCGAACCAAGCUCUAGAGAUAUAUUGCAUCCUGAGCAACCUUCUUUUUGAUAUAAGUUUUGGAAAAUGACAUAAAGCUAAUUUUAUGGACGAGCUGUUGGAGUUAGAAGGCGAUUUGCGAAGUUCAGACGUUUUUCAUCCUGCUGAGCGUUUUACCAGGAAUGGUAACGUGAAUUAUAACCUCAGAGACUACGAGAAAGCUAAAGAAAACUUUAAAAAUGCUCUUAAAUAUUCAAACCAAAGUUCAGAUCGUUAUAUUGCUAACUUAAAGUAUCUUGCAAUGACUUAUACCAAAACUGGAGAAUAUCACGGGGCUAAAAAGAAUUAUGAAGAAGUUCUGAAAAUUCUAGAAACAUCUCCAGGGACAGAUCAUGUUAAUAAUGCUCAUACUUUAAACAAUUAUGCGUGGCUGUGUUAUAGCACUGAAGAAUAUGACAAAGCUAGAAUAAACUUUGAAAAAGCCCAAAAAAGUUUUGAAGAAUCGCUAGGUCAAGAUCAUCCUGAUUCGGCCAGUUGUUUGGAAAAUCUCGCUAGGACAUGUAUCAAAACUGGAGAAUACGCAAAAGCUAAAGAAUUUAUCGAAAAAGCUCUGAAAAUUCGGACAAAAGGGCAUGAUCAUGAAGAUGUUGCUAAAGCUUUGAAAAUUUAUGGUUUGUUAUGUUAUAGUACUGGAGAAUACGACAAAGCCAAAGAUUUUUUUGAAAAAGCAUUGAAACUUUUUAAAAAAUUGCGAGUUCCAGAUCAUGUUAAUGUUGCUGAUUGUUUAAACAAUCUUGGUUUGUUGUAUUAUACCACUGGAGAGUAUGAAAAAGCUAAAGAGUUUUUAGAAAAACGUGUGGAAACUUGUGAAAAAACGCUAGGUCCAUAUCAUGAUGAUGUUGCUGAGACUUUAGAGAAUCUUGUUAUGGUGUAUGCAAAAACUGGAGAAUACAAAAAAGCCAACAAGUGUCUUGAAAAAGCUCAGGAAAUUCGUAAAAAAGCUCGGGAAAAUUGUAAACGAGCUCAGGUUGCAGAAUAUCUUCAGGAUGAUACAAGACUCUCGGACAAUGAAAUCUUUCAUCUUUCAAAAAAGAUAGGAGGAAAUUAUAAUAAACUUGCACUUCUUGCUGGUAUGUCAGACAAAGCGGACAUCGUUAGGGACAACAACUUAGUAUAUUCAGGUCCUGUAGAAAAAGCUAAAAAAAUACUGACAUAUAUAAACGAUGGCGACACACUUAGUCGACAACAGCUUGCAAAUCAUUUAGAAAAUAUGGGACUUGAAAAAUUAGCUGGCGAACUCUUACGUGGAGAAUUUCGAAAUCCGGAUUCUAAAAACACUAGAGAAUACAAAAAAGCCAAAAAGUGUUAUGAAAAUGCUCAGGAAAUUUAUGAAAAAGGUCGGGAAAGUCGAAAAAAAGCUCAAGUUUCAGAAUAUCCUGAGGAUGGUGCAAGACUCUCGGACUAUGAAAUCUUUCAUCUUUCAAAAAAGAUAGGAGCAAAUUAUAAUAGACUUGCACUUCUUGCUGGUAUGUCAGACAAAGCGGACAUCGUUAGGGCCGACACCUUGAUUUAUUCAGGUUAUGUAGAAAAAGCUACAAAAAUACUGACAUAUCUAAACGACGGUGACACGUUUAGUCGACAACACCUUGCAAAUCAUUUAGAAAAAAUGGGACUUGGAAAAUUUGCUGGCGAACUUUUACGUGGAGAAUUUCGGAAACCGGACUCUGAAAAAACUAGAGAAUACAAAAAAGCCAAGAUGUGUUAUGAAAAUGCUCAGGAAAUUUAUGAAAGAGGUCGGGAAAGUCGUAAAAAAGCUCAAGAAAAAGUGAAAACUGAACAGCCUUGCAACUGGAAACUGGACAUGCUGAAGACACAUUCAACAGCGCAAGAAAUCACAUUGUUGCCAAAAAUUGCACAAAAAACUGAUGAAACUAUUGAGGACGCCCUAAAGCUAUCGCCACGUGUAAUCGAACAACUUUCGAAAGAGAUUAGACAAGAUUAUGGCGAACUUGGACAUAUUUUUGAGAUGUUGUACGAGGUAGCCAUCGUAAGGGACGACCUUCUUAAAUUUCCAAGUCCAGUUGAUGCACAAAACAUCAAAAAUCUUCAAAUAACUGAUGAAACAGAUGAAAAAACACAUUCAAAAAUCCAAGGAGUCAAACUGCUGCCAGAAGCUAUGACUGAAAUUGGUACAAAAAAGGAAAUAGAAGAAGAGUGUGAGACCGACGAUUCGAGUGAAAGCGAAGACGAAGACGAAAACAUUGCUGACUUCAAAAAGAAGUUUCUUGAUGAAAGUUGCAAGAUCCGUCCAGAUGUUUGGAAAAAACUGAAUAGUUUUUCAUGGUUGAAUGGAGAAUUUGGAAUUAAGUGGUUUCCUAAGCCUUCUUUUUAUGUGACCGCGAGCGAUGUAAAAAAAGAAGAUGCGAUUAGAAGUAUUGAGAAUGAAUUUGGAAGAGAGGAUUGUAAAUAUUUUGAUGUUCGUAUCAAAGAUUUAAAGGAGAAACCAAAAUUUCGACUUUUAUCGAACAUAAAAGUUAAGCAAAUGCAUCGUACUUUGUCUGAACAAAAUGAUGUUUCAAAUGGCACAUUGACUAUGUUUUGCUGCAAACAUAAUCAGCAUUUCGCCUUGACUUGUGCCCACGUAGCAUGUUUUUCUGAUCAUCAAGAAUAUCGUAGUGCGUUUUACUUACCCUAUGACGUCGAGAAUAUACCUGAAUCUAUUAGAGCUACAUUGAACAAUGGCAUCGAAUUUUUCUUCAUCGCUCCUGAAGGUAUUGAAAUUAGACUUGGUAAUCAAGCCUUCCCGAAAUAUAACGAUGAAGUCGACAUAAUGGCAAUAAAGGUUGAAAAUGCGAAUGAUCCGUCCAUUGAUUGCACUAAAGCUCUUCUUGACGUAGAUAUUCCUCGUCAUUGGAAUAAAAAAUGGAAUGGAUUGCCCAAGAAAAUAAAAAAAAAUGGGGGUGUCGAAAUGAAAAAGAACGGUUGCAGCAAAACAGGAAAACUUGUUGACAUCAACUAUUCGUGCCAGUACGAUAAGCAUACCUUAUUUAAAAAUGCUCUUAAGGUGGAGAGUAGCGAAGAUUUUCUUCGAUCUGGUGAUUCGGGAGUUCUCGUAUAUUUUGAGAAUGAAGGAGGGGUAAACGUGCCUUUAGGAUAUGGUGUUUUGCAAAAUGAAAAAGAAGACAAUACUUAUGUUUGCCUUCGACUAGAUGAAGCUUUGAAGGCUCUUGAUUUGACUGGGUGCGGUUGCUACAAGACAUGCGCACAUAAAUAAAACUCUUUGUUGACUUUUUUUAACCUUUUUUACUUUUUGAAACAAUUCAACUGAUUUUUAGUAUGUUUUCAAAAAAUUAGUUGCUUUGAUACGUAACGAGUAAAAAAAUGGCAGUUGACUGCCCGGUGCACUAAACCUCAAUGCAGACUUUUAAAUACAUACAUGGUAUAACGCUCAUGCACAGGCACAGUGUAAAGCACAGUAAGAUUGUAAUUCUGGCAAGUAUUUAUUUGCAAGAACGAUGCUAAAUUAAAUCGAUUAGACUAAACAAGUGAUAAUCAUUGAUAUUAAUUGUAAAAUAAUAAUAAGUCUGAGCUUUUCAGGAUCUUCACAUUUCAAUCCAUGUACAUGCUGCCUGAGCUCUUAAGUCUGAGAAAGAAAUCUAAUUUGACAUCGUUCAGCUCGUCACCUUCUGUAUUGCCAUUAUUGAUCACUUAUUUUACAUGCAGGCUUGCCUUCUAAAUCUAUCAAUUAUGUUAUUACCAUAUCAUUAAAAUAAUCGUGGGCACCA